AGGCGUGUGCGGCUUGUGUGGGAAUGCUAAUCACAACUCCUCAGGUGGCGUCAUUGCCUCUAAUGGCUCUGAGACCCAGACUGUGGAUUUUCCUCUUCCUUGGGUGGUGAGCGCUGAUGCAGGUUACUGCAUUGAGGAUUGCGGCAGUGGUGGCUCAUGUCCAGUGUGCACUCAAAGCCAAACCAAAUCUUUUCCUGCCACUAAAGGCAUCUCCCUUGAGAAUAGCUGCACUCUACUACAAAGAAGUGAUGGACCUUUUGCAGAUUGUCAUUCAUAUAUUGACACUGAGCCAUUUGUUACUAGUUGUGUAAACAGCCUGUGUGUCAGUAGAGUUGCAUCUUCCAUGUGCAUGGUCUUGGCGGCCUAUGCCAACACCUGCCAGAGGCUUGGGGCCAGAGUCCAAAACUGGAGAACCAUCACCAAAUGUACAAUGGCCUGUCCUAUGAACAGCCACUAUGAGAUCUGUGGUUCUGCCUGCCCUGCCACCUGCGGUAACCCAGAGGCCCAUCGGAAUUGCACUCAGCCUUGUGUGGAAUCCUGCCAGUGCAACGGGGGAUAUUUACUGAGUGGUGGGGAGUGUGUCCCACAUAGCAAGUGUGGUUGUCUUCACCAAGGUUCCUACUAUCUCCCCAAGGAGAUCUUCUGGGUUGACGAGCAUUGCCAGGAAAAAUGUGUCUGCCAGCCUAACUCCAAGAAGAUCAUGUGUGCUCUGUCUCGUUGCCAAAAUGGGGAAGUGUGCAAGGUUCUGAAUGGAGUCUUGGGCUGUCACAUGGACGGGCCUGGGCUAUGCAUAGCCAAAGGAGAUCCUCACUAUACCACCUUUGAUGGACGCAACUUUGAUGUCUAUGGCAACUGUAGUUACCUACUCACUUCUCACUGUCCCACUUGGGGAGACUUUGAAGACUUCAAUGUGGAGGUGCCGAACCAGAUGAAGGAUGCUACCAAUGUUUCCUUUCGGCGUGUUAAAAUUAUGGUCUCUGGUUACUCCAUUGAGUUGUCAAAUGACUGGAGUAACAGGGUCAUGGUAAAUGGUCUGCUCCUUCGUCUUCCAUCUGUGUUGAGCCGAGGCAAAGUAAAGCUGUUCAAGACUGGACUCUCAAAGUGCAUGGAGACUGACUUUGGACUUGUUGUGACGUACAGCCCUGAGAUCCUGACUGUCAAAAUGCCAAAGAUCUUCUCUGGUAAUCUCUGUGGACUGUGUGGGAACUUUAAUGCUAAUCCAGAAGACGAUCUGAUGCUUGAUGAUGAAUCUGAUAUCUCUGAGGCCAUUAAGUACUGGCAAACCAGCAAAGAAUGCGUGGAUGUGCCUAUUGACACCUCAGUUUGCAAUUCACAAGAUAUGGCUCUUUAUCAGGGUAAAGAUUUCUGUGGCAGGUUACUGGAUAAAGAAGGAGCGUUCCAGAGCUGCCAUAAAACAGUUGAUCCACAAGAUUUCUAUGAUGACUGUAUUCAUGAUCUUUGUCACGGUAACCAGACUACCCUGUGCCAAAUUCUGUCCGGGUAUGUUGCUGUGUGUCAAGAAGUGGGAGCUAUAAUAGAUGAAUGGAGGGCCUCAACCUUUUGUGAUCUCUCUUGUCCACCUAAUAGUGAAUACCAACUUUGCUCCAGUCACAUCUCCAACUGUUUGGAAAGUCCAAGUCCUCGAGAAGUGAGAUGCAAAGAGGGCUGUUUCUGCAGACCUGGGUUUUUCUAUAGUGGUGACCCAUGUGUACCCGACUCUGAGUGUGGCUGCAUUUACAAUGGGGUCUACCAUGAAAUUCAUGAGAGCUUCUACCCCGAUGAGGGCUGUCAGCAGCACUGUAGUUGUGUGGGCCACAACACGGUGCAGUGCACCAACAACACGUGUCCAAACGGAACAAAUUGUGCCAUCCGAGAUGGUCACAGAGCAUGCCAUGCACCACAACCUUUUAAAUGCUCAGUCAUGGGUGGUAGACACUUCAGGAACUACGAUGGCCAUAGCUUUGACUUUAAUAUGGGAAACUGCCGUUAUGUUCUCUCCCAGACUUGUGAUGGGGAAGAAUCUGACCCCAUUAUUGUUAUUAUUCAGCAAGGACGGCUUUACCUGAGGAUCCGUGGAGUGAACAUAUCAUUGGAGAUGGAGCAUUUAGGCAAAGUAAAGACACUGGGGUUUCUGUCAAUUAUGGAGGACCUAAUCUGA